AUGAAAGGUGUGUUGCUGAUAUCGGCAUCCCUCCUUGUGCUCCAGACCGCGGCAGGACAGUUGGUGCCCAAUCAUGCUGCGGGACCUCUGCAACCUCCCCAGUGCGACGCGGAACAUACCGAAGCCUGUGUCACUCCAUGGGGCACGGAAGGCUACUUUGUGUGUCGCCUCCAGCAGGAACAACAAUCCUCCUUGCGAGCAGGGAAUGAUCAUCACCGGCAAAGACAAAGACGACAGCAUGGACCACCCUUAUCCCGCUCCCAUUGUGUUCCCACACUCACCGCGGCAGCAGCCACAAUCGAGCAUCCCGAGUUUCGAGGUUUUGGAGUUGCCGGGGCGGGCAACUCUCGACAUCCAGCUGGACCCCGGAGCAGCGGCACUCCCGUGAACCAACUGGGACACCGUCGUCAUCAAAAUAAUAAUGGCAGCAGAUCAUUCGAAUGUGGCUGCUGUGGCGGGAUUUGCCCAACCAAGAUCUUGGAACACUGUGGCUGUUCUUGCGACCUCAUUCAUCCCGAUGGCCACAUUCUUUCGCAGGCUGGCGUCAAGGUGGCCGUCGAAGUGCCAGAUGGUUCGAUUGAGAAUCAUUGUGUUCAUCCGCAGCGAUAUGCGGAUGCAGGCCCGGCAGUGUGCCUGGAAGACUGUUCAGUCAGUGUGCAGCCAGAACGACAAUAUUUCGUCGGGUAG